CGUCUGACGCCAGUAUAGCAGUUGCGCGGCUCGGGGCGGGGAUGGCGGUGUGCUGCUCGUAGAGAGGAACUCGCCGGCUCCAGGGCGGUGUGCUGGAACCACUGACCAGCGUGCAAUGCGUCCAAGCUUGUCGGAAAAAUCCUACCAAGCCGCUCUGUAGAAGUUCGCUGUUUUAGGAUGAUGGAGUGCUGUCGCCACCCAAUGCCCCCAGAAUUCUCACAAGAAGAAAGACUUGAGAUUGAAAAUCUCAAAAUGCACAAGCAAGACCUCUUGGAUGACAUACAGAAGCUGAAAUGGGAGAUAGAGACUGUGAUGGCUGAAAUUCAGGACUUUGAGUCUGCUGAGGAGACUAAGGUGCUCGAGAGAGGUAAACAAUUUUGCAGCGGCAAAAAGAAAUUCAACAUGGACCCUAAAAAGGGGCUGAACUACCUGGUGGAGAAUGCCCUGGUUGAACGGAAUCCACAGAGUAUAGCGGAAUUCCUCUAUAAGGAAGAAGGCCUCAACAAGACUGCUAUAGGAGACUUCCUGGGAGAGAGAGAGGAGAUGCAUCUGCAGAUAUUAAAAGCCUUUGUGGAACUUCACGAAUUUUCCGAUCUCAACCUUGUCCAGGCGCUGAGGCAGUUCCUCUGGAGUUUCCGUCUUCCCGGCGAGGCCCAGAAGAUCGACCGUAUGAUGGAAGCCUUUGCCACGCGCUACUGCGAGUGCAACAGGGACAUGUUCCAGUCGACUGACACAUGUUACAUCCUGUCAUUUGCAAUCAUAAUGUUGAACACCAGCCUACACAACCCCAACGUGAAGGACAAGACCACGCAGGAACGCUUCAUCAGCAUGAACAGAGGAAUCAAUAACGGGGAAGAUCUACCCAAUGAGUUGCUCACGAAACUGUUUGAGAGCAUACGGAACGAACCGUUCAAAAUCCCAGAGGAUGAUGGGAAUGACCUCACGCACACCUUCUUUAACCCAGACAGAGAAGGCUGGCUGCUUAAACUGGGCGGACGAGUAAAGACAUGGAAGAGGAGGUGGUUUAUUCUGACUGAUAACUGCCUGUAUUACUUUGAAUACACCACAGACAAAGAACCCAGAGGCAUCAUUCCUCUAGAGAAUCUGUGUGUGAAAGAAGUCAACUGUACACGCAAACCCUACUGUCUAGAGCUGUAUAACCCAAACAGUAAAGGACAGAAGAUAAAAGCGUGUAAAACAGAGACAGAUGGGAGAGUUGUGGAGGGAAAACACCAGAGCUACAUGAUCUGUGCCUCAUCAGCGGGGGAGCGAGACAGCUGGAUUGAAGCCAUCAGGGCGAGCAUCACAAAGGACCCAUUUUAUGACCUCGUCUCAGUCAGAAAGAAGAAGGUCAUCAACUCAGCGCAACAAGACUUACCACAGCAGAGCACCUAGAGCACCUAGAGCACCGUGGGAAAUGCAGUUCUUUGACGUGACGGCCGUUGUAGGCCGAACAUAAUCUUCCCCAUUCUAUGGAACAGCUAAAACCAAAGGGACAGCUCGGGUUAUUUCCAUAUCAAAUUUCGUCACAAUUAUUCAUAAAUAGUCUGCAACUAUUUGACGUGGCUUAGCCAUUCAUAAGAAAAGGAAGCAAUAGCAGAUUUAACUUGAUCAAUAGUGUCUAUGCUCGUGACCAUACCUAGUACAUACCAGAUCAAUGGCCGUUCUAGAGGAGAUCAUGUCUGUAUUUGUAUUAAAGUCGCAAAAGUGGUGCUUUUAUGGCUUGGAGACGCUAGUCUAUGGUGGUAGUGGGAGGCCAAACGUGUUCUAGGAGUAUUACUGAUCUCACAGCCAGCGAAUUUUAGUGUUACAACAACGGUGACAUUCCAGAUCUUCUGACAGGACACGGUGUAGGGUAACACACUGAGCCUGUCCUGUGUGUUCUUACAGGACACGGUGUAGGGUAACACACUGAUCCUGUCCUGUGUGUUCUUACAGGACACGGUGUAGGGUAACACACUGAUCCUGUCCUGUGUGUUCUUACAGGACACGGUGUAGGGUAACACACUGAUCCUGUCCUGUGUGUUCUGACAGGACACGGUGUAGGGUAACACACUGAGCCUGUCCUGUGUGUUCUUACAGGACACGGUGUAGGGUAACACACUGAGCCUGUCCUGUGUGUUCUUACAGGACACGGUGUAGGGUAACACACUGAUCCUGUCCUGUGUGUUCUUACAGGACACGGUGUAGGGUAACACACUGAGCCUGUCCUGUGUGUUCUGACAGGACACGGUGUAGGGUAACACACUGAUCCUGUCUUGUGUGUUCUUACAGGACACGGUGUAGGGUAACACACUGAUCCUGUCCUGUGUGUUCUGACAGGACACGGUGUAGGGUAACACACUGAGCCUGUCCUGUGUGUUCUGACAGGACACGGUGUAGGGUAACACACUGAUCCUGUCCUGUGUGUUCUUACAGGACACGGUGUAGGGUAACACACUGAGCCUGUCCUGUGUGUUCUUACAGGACACGGUGUAGGGUAACACACUGAGCCUGUCCUGUGUGUUCUUACAGGACACGGUGUAGGGUAACACACUGAUCCUGUCCUGUGUGUUCUGACAGGACACGGUGUAGGGUAACACACUGAUCCUGUCUUGUGUGUUCUUACAGGACACGGUGUAGGGUAACACACUGAUCCUGUCCUGUGUGUUCUGACAGGACACGGUGUAGGGUAACACACUGAGCCUGUCCUGUGUGUUCUUACAGGACACGGUGUAGGGUAACACACUGAGCCUGUCCUGUGUGUUCUUACAGGACACGGUGUAGGGUAACACACUGAUCCUGUCCUGUGUGUUCUGACAGGACACGGUGUAGGGUAACACACUGAUCCUGUCUUGUGUGUUCUUACAGGACACGGUGUAGGGUAACACACUGAUCCUGUCCUGUGUGUUCUGACAGGACACGGUGUAGGGUAACACACUGAGCCUGUCCUGUGUGUUCUGACAGGACACGGUGUAGGGUAACACACUGAGCCUGUCCUGUGUGUUCUGACAGGACACGGUGUAGGGUAACACACUGAUCCUGUCCUGUGUGUUCUGACAGGACACGGUGUAAGGGUAACACACUGAGCCUGUCGUGUGUGUUCUGACAGGACACGGUGUAGGGUAACACACUGAUCCUGUCGUGUGUGUUCUGACAGGACAUGCUGCAGGGUAACACACUGAUCCUGUCGUGUGUGUUCUGACAGGACAUGCUGCAGGGUAACACACUUGUCCUGUCAUGCGUGUCUCCGGCCCUGUGCACACUUGGUUGACGCAGGUUUCACUUUAAAAUGCUCUAAUCUACAAAUACCAUCUGUGACCUACCACAGAAUCAAGGGACCUGGGUUAAAUGGCAGAUGACACAGAUUGUGUGGCCAAAAACUGAGCAUGGCCUAUAUUCCUUUUUUUGUUUGUUGUAUAUAUUUAUUUAUAAUUUAUGCAUAUUCUGUAUAUUGUCAUGUAGAUUGUAUAAAUGGUCUGAUGGUAGUAUAGAGAAUAUGAUUUCUGUAUAAUAGCCUGUAUUAUCGACUGAUAAUGUUUACUAACCAGGAGAACCUCAGGUCAACAAGAAUGAAAUCAUUCCUUUACUUACAUCGGUUAUAUGGCAAGUAAAAAUUACAUUUAUUUUCUUUUUUUGAAAUAUUAUUUGCCUUCCACAGCAUUUGUGAAAAUAUGUGGUAGUAAAGCACUGUAACGUGUCACUUCCAGCGUUUCUAUAUUAUGUAUCAUUUAUGUCUAUAAGCAGUGUCAAAACAAA